CGAAAAUUCAGCUAUGGUGGGUCGCGCUGAUGAAGAAUGAAUUUGCUAUUACUGCUGUUGCUAGUUGUAACUUUGCUGCAAAGCAAAUCAUCUGCAUCAGGAGGAAGGAGGAAGAUUUGUCUUUUCUAUGAUUCGGUCUAUUCAACUUCUUUGGUUUCUUUUUUACAUCUUCGGUAUGAGUGAUGAAUCACUGUUUGGUAUGAGUUGUGAGGAAUAUCGAGAUCAGUUAUCCGAAUGGUCUCAAUGCAUCAUACCACACGGCGAUCUGGCUGAUGCAAUCACCCUCUUUCUGAGAAGUAUUAAGAAUUUUGGAUGCAAACUUCCACCCAAAAAAGUAAUCAAAUUUGGGCUCAACUUUUUGCGUAACAAUUCGAACAGCUACUUGGAACAUCCACUUUAUAAGCGCAUUACUACUCAAAACUGUGGCAAAUGCAGCCGAAGAAUUAGAUGUUGCAAGAGGUCAAAAUCAUUCCUAGCUCAAGCUUAUGAGUCAGAAGCGUGCACUGGAUCCGAUGUUGCUUGUUUGUUCAACCCGCUUUCAGCCAGCGAUUUACGAGAGCUCACGGAAAGAUAUCCGAAUAUAGUUCCAUCGCAGGAUGGAUGUGAUGUAUCAGGUUAUGUGGCUGCUGAACUGAUAACACUAAGCAAAGGACCGACGUAUCAGUAUGUGGAACCAUUGCUAUGUCAGAUACUAGGUACCAGAAUACCCGCUGUAAACUGUGUACUACACGGUGAUAAAUGCCAUUGUUGUUGCUUCUCAUACACUCCCCAACCGGAUGGUUAUUGUCACUUAAGUAGCAAUACAUCAUCCUCAUGUCCUUCCUAUUCAUAAUGCUAUUUUUAAGCACAAGGUGACACUACGCAGUGGCCUUCAUUAAGUGCGUUAGUUAUUUCUUUCCUGCUAUAACAGCAGAAGUCUUUUAAUACCAAU